AUGCAUUCUUUGGUCGAUCCUUAGUGUUACAUAAAGUAUCGGUGAAAAUGUUUAGUCUUGGCAAAUCGUUUUUGGCCUUUACAUUUCUAUUAUUAUUAUUGGGAUGCUAUGUCUGUAUCUAUCAAGAAUACUUUCAAUCCGCUUGUUCCAAACCCUUUGUACAGAUUGGCCGAAAUUGUUAUUUUUUCUCCACAAACAAAGCGGCAUCAUAUGAAUUCUACAAGGUGUCCUAUAAGAAUCGUGUAUUUAGCGUUCCCAUAAUGAUGGACUGGCUUCAUGCCAAUUUUGGUUGUGAAACUCUUGAUUCACAAGCUCGAUUGAUAACACUGCAAAAUGCUGACGAAAUGCGUCUACUUGUCGAUUAUAUUCGGGAUCACACCCAUGCCGAUACACAUCCUAUGUUCUGGAGUGGUGGUCAUCGUGGCCGUGCCAACGAUGGCAUGGAUAUCGAUCAUCGCACUCUUAUUGAUUUCUAUUGGCAUGAUGAUUAUUUUCCAAUGAAUUUCACCAAUUUUGCCCGAGAUGUUCCGUUGCAAAAAACAUAUUCGGAUGGGUUUUGCGUGUCUCUGGAGUUCACAGGCAAUGAACUAAUUAUGGGUGUGGCUUCGUGUGAAAAGAGAAUGUCCUUUGUUUGCGAAUUGAGGUUACUUUGAGAUUAAGAUGUGGUUUCAAGUGAAUCAAGUAAAUAACACACACUGUUAUCAUCUUUAACCCCUUAUCAUGUACAUAUAUAAGUGGCUGUAAGUGAAAAAACCACAUUUCAUCACACCCUGUUUAUGCAUUCCAUGGAAUUACUGCGUGAUUAGUAAAAUAAGUGUAAAACCCCUUAAUAACCAGAAUGCCGUUGCUAAUUUUUUUUGUUACUCUUUUCUUACCUAUAGAGACCUAGCUAUAUAAAUGUGGAAAAACGUUUUAUUUGAAAAGUGUAACGAUCUUGCGAUCGAACGACCUGAGGUCUGCUAAAUAAUACAUUCAUUCGAUCUUGAUGAGAUUUGACACAGUCAUUAACAGAUUCAUUAAAGUGCAAAAUAUUAAA